AUGAAAGUUACAAAGAAAGUUCUUGAUCAAUCCCUAUGUUGCACAGCAUUGCUUGCCUUAGUGGGAGGUGCCGCAGCGCAAUGCGCCCUACCAUCGAGCUACAGCUGGACAUCAACCGGCGCGCUCGCGGAGCCUAAGGCAGGAUGGGCUGCGCUCAAGGACUUCACCAAUGUUGUGUUCAACGGCCAGCAUAUCGUCUAUGGAUCAGUUGCCGAUACCUCCGGAAACUAUGGCUCGAUGAACUUCGGUCCUUUUAGCGACUGGUCCGAGAUGGCCUCGGCCAGCCAGAACGCCAUGAACCAGGGCACUGUUGCACCCACACUCUUCUACUUUGCGCCCAAGGAUGUCUGGAUCCUCGCCUAUCAAUGGGGUCCGACCUCAUUCUCCUACAAGACCUCCAGUGAUCCCACCGACGCGAAUGGUUGGUCAGCGGCCCAGCCUCUCUUCUCGGGAACGAUUUCCGACUCCGAUACGGGAGUCAUCGACCAAACUGUCAUUGGCGAUGAUACGAAUAUGUAUCUCUUCUUUGCGGGUGAUAAUGGCAAGAUCUACCGCGCCAGCAUGCCCAUCGAUAACUUCCCGGGCGAUUUCGGUACCCAAUCCGAGAUCAUCCUAAGUGACACGAAGGAGAACCUAUUCGAAGCGGUGCAGGUAUACACCGUCGACGGCCAAAACAAGUACUUGAUGAUUGUCGAGGCCAUGGGCGCCAAUGGACGCUAUUUCCGCUCCUUCACGGCUGAUAGUCUGGAUGGGGAGUGGACGGUCCAGGCGGGCACCGAGAGCCAGCCCUUCGCUGGAAAGGCCAACAGUGGCGCCACCUGGACGAACGAUAUCAGUCACGGUGAUCUGGUUCGCAACAACCCCGAUCAAACGAUGACAGUCGAUCCUUGCAAUUUGCAGUUGCUCUACCAGGGACGGGACCCUAAUGCCAGUGGCGAUUACAAUCUGCUGCCAUGGAAGCCAGGUGUCCUAACCCUGCAGGUGUAG